AGUUUUCCCUUCAAAAGAAGUAUAAAAUGAAUGAUAGUAAGUUCAUGUACGUGAGCAGAUUCAUUUCUAAUGAACUCAGCACUGGAUUUAUCUUGAUACAAUCUUUACUGCAGCUCCUUCCUGCGGUGGUCUGUUGUUCUUUUAGUGCAACGCCUGUGAGCUGUACUCACAUCCGCUGCCCAGCCUCCGUGUGGUUUCUAUUCUAUUGAACAGGAAGCUUUCACCUCAUUUGGUGUCAUUUUUACGGCCAGUGAAGAUUCAGCCUGCAGAGAUCAUGAACACAGCACUGCUUUUCCUCUGGGUUUCGGUAGUUUCAGUGUCGUUGAGCGUCUGCCAGCCGUCUGUCCACAGCCGCGCCUCUGUGACGGUCAAUCCCAGCUCGUCUCAGCAUUUCGAGUACGACAAAGUUACCGUGAGUUGUGAGCAGUUGGGCUCUGACUGGACGGUGUGGAGAUACACGACAGAUCGUUUGGAGCUGUCCCAGUGUGGGUCGGACUGGGGUGACCAGACGUCCUCCGGCUGCGAGAUAAAGACCAUCAAACUGUCUGAUGCCGGAGUUUACUGGUGUCAAUCCAAACACCGAGACAGCAGCAACGCCGUCAUCAUCACCGUCAUGGGUGGACCAGUGAUCCUGCAGAGUCCCCUCCUCCCUGUGAUGGAGGGAGAUGACAUCACUCUGCGCUGUAGGAAUAAGACGCCCUCCAGCCUCCCAGCUGAUUUCUAUAAAGAUGGCGCCGUCAUCGGGACUGAGCCUCUAGGUCACAUGGCCAUCCACCAUGUUUCCAGAUCUAACAAAGUCGCCUACAAGUGUAACAUUGGCGGCCGAGAGUCUCUUCCCAGCUGGCUGCUGAUGAAAGAUGAUUCUGACCCGCCCACGCUCAAGGCGUCUCCUGACUCGUCCCAGGUGUUUGAGUACAAGAAUCUGUCUCUGAGCUGUGGGGACAACAAUAGCUUUGACGGGUGGAAGAUCGUCAGGUCCAGAACCACCGCCACCAAUACUGGGGGCAAGAAAUCCACGUGUGGAGAAGAAUGGGGGACUGGUACCUCCACUAGCUGUCACCUCGACACGUUGAAGCAGACGGACAGCGCCACCUACUGGUGUGAGUCUCCUGCAAAGCAGCGGAGCAACUGUCUCAACAUCACCGUGCACGAUGGACCAGUGAUCCUGCAGAGUCCUGUCCUCCCUUUGAUGGAGGGUGAUGACGUCACUCUGCUCUGUAGGACAAAGACGUCCUCCAGCCUCUCAGCUGAUUUCUAUAAAGAUGGCGCCCUCAUCAGGACUGAGCCUGCAGGUCACAUGACCCUCCACCAUGUUUCCAGGUCUGAUGAAGGCCUCUACAAGUGUCUCAUCAGCAGUGAUGAGUCUCCACCCAGCUGGCUCACUGUCACAGGUAGACCUACAAUCACGGCUCCGCCCACCUCUACAGCCCCGCCCACCUCUACAGCCCCAUCCCCUGCCUUAGACCCCCUCCACCUUGUGAUCAGACUGGUCUGCCACCUGGUGGUGUUCUGUCCUUACUGCAUCUCCACUUUCAUCAUGGUGUCUUUAUAUCGACACAGGAACACAGGAAGUGAGCUGCCCGUCUCCGUGGUGAUGACCCCGCCCACCCAGGCUGAGGAGGGAUUGGAUGAUGACUACGGUGAUGUCAUCACUGCGGUCACCACGGAGCAUCAGUUCUGAUCUGAUCUUAAAUGAAGAUGAGGACCGGUGGAGGACCCAGAAGGGUUCCCUAAGGAACUCCACAUGUUGUAGUUUGACUUGUUGAAGUCUUUAAAGCAGCUGUCAGGAUCAACUCGGUCCGGUUCAGUGAGGAAUGUUCUGGACAGAGCAGUCCACAUGUUUUUGGUCCAAAUUAAAGCUGACAUUUGUUCA